GCGCAGCCCACCUGCGGCAGCAUUGACUCAGCUCUGAUGCCAGUCGGCAUGACAACGCGCUCUCCAGGGCAAACCGGGAACAGCUGAUGGAGGAAGAGGAUGGCAGCUCAAGAUGGCCAGUAACGGAACCAACGCUGAAAACGGAGCGGACGUUCGCCCCGGGAUCAGGAGCGCCACCGGUUCGGUGCAGGUCCCGGCCAUGGAGAGAGCCCGGCCUAUCACGGUGAAGGUGUCCGCAGUGAGCCUGGCGCUCAGCUCGCUGUCCUUGCUGCUGCUGGUCACCGCCAUCUCCACGGAUCACUGGUACCAGACUGACACGCGCAGGCACAAGCAGAACUGCGACGGUUCCGACUCCAACGACCAGAAGAACCGGGAGAUGCCCAUCUACCACCUGCCGCUGGUGGACAGCGGCGGCGCCGCGGCCCGGCAGAGGGACGUGGCGCUUAUGAAGCCAGUGCAUGUGGGCAGCAGGGAGGAGGAGCUGCUGGAGAACUGGAGGGCCAUCCUGGGGAUGGGGAUCCUGGAGACGGAGUGCGGCAGGCCGCUGUUUUCUACCCACUCCGGCCUGUGGAGGAAGUGCUACUUCAAGGGAAUGGACCCGGACAUCGACAAGCUGAUCGAUCGGGGUAUCGCAGAUCGCUGCACAGCUGUGAAGUAUCACUUCUCUCAGCCGAUCCGAUUGAGAAACAUCCCACUGAAUCUGACCAGAACCAUCCAACAGGACGAGUGGCACCUGCUACAUCUGCGGCGCAUCACAGCGGGCUUCCUGGGCAUGGCGGCGGCCGUCCUGCUGUGCGGCAGCAUCGUGGUGUCUGUGGGAUUUUUCUGGGAGGAGAGCUUGACACAGCAUGUCUCCGGCCUGCUUUUCCUAAUGGCAGGAAUCUUCUGCACCAUCUCCUUGUGCACGUAUGCAGCCAGCGUGACCUAUGACCUUUCCAGAAACCCGCCUUUCAUCUACGGUCUUCCGGCUGACGUGGAUCAUGGCUACGGUUGGUCCAUCUGCUGCGCCUGGGCCAGUCUGGGUCUGACUGUGGCCUCUGGCUGCCUUGGAACCUCCUUCCCUUUUCUGAGUCGGGCCGGAGCGCUCAGAUCCAAAACGGCCCGGGAAUCCUCAGUGUGAGCUGCCAGCUGUCGGUCAGGAGAUUCUGGACAGUUUAGGCUCAGCUGCAGACCUACAGUUGUGUGUCGGACAUUCGAUCUGAGGUGGAUGGGGUCACCUGUUUCUAGAGCCUUUGUGCAGCUUGGCGCCCCCUGGUGGAUGUAAAGAAAUAACUGUAUGGCAGUUUGUUUUGGCUCUGAACCAAAAAGAUUUACAGGAUUUCUGUUACGACAUCCCAGCUGUGCAUGGCCGCAGGUGACGUUAUAAGCGUUUGAAGAACUUGAUGAAAUUGCUUCAUCAGUAUCUAAAAGUUUGGACUCCGUAACAUCUCAGUUCUCAGAAAAGGUCAAGAGGUUGUAAACAAAUUCAGGGUAAUCAUCUCUACCCAGAUCCAUAACCUCUCCCCUAUCUCAGUGGUUCCCAAAGUGUGGGGGCACGCCCCCUGGGGGGCCUCAGUGUAAUUUCAGUGACCUGCAUUAAUAGAAUUUAUCAGAUUAGAUGACCAAUUUUAAGAUGUUGUUAAAAAAAAAACAAAACACUAAUGCCAUGUUGAAUUAUUUUGUAAAGUAAAAUAAACAAAUCAAACAAAAUCAUUACACUUUGAAACUGAUAAGAUUGUAGUUUGAUUUAUUGUAAUAUGUUUUACUGCAGUACUGUCAAAAUAUGUAUGAGGUGGGGCGUGAAAACUUUAUUUUAAAUUAAAUAGGAGCCCACCAGAAACAGUUUGGGAACCACUGAUCUAUCUCAUGAUGACCAAUCUAGGCUGUUAACCCAUCUGAAAACAUUAACCAAUCAAAGUCGUUAACACAUCCUAGAAUGUUAACCUCUCUAAGUCGUUAAACAUCCUAGACAUUGACAAAUCUAGGUUGUUUUACGCAUCCUAGAAUGUCAACCAAUUCAAGUCAUUCAUCCUAGAAAUGUAGGCAAUCUAGGUCAUUUACCCAUCGUAGAAGGUUAACCAACCUAGGUCAUUAAUGCAUCCUAGGUCGUAAACAUCACAGUCUUUUAAAGAAGUUUCUCAUGCUUCUUUUAACUUAACAGUUUGCAUCAAGCAGUUAAAAAACUUAAUGGUCUGAAGUUGCUGUGCUUCUGAUGGAGUUCAAACUUUUACCUGCAAACUGAAAUCUUCCUUUUUCUCACUCGGCUUGAUGAACAUUCAGUUUUCAGAAGGCGAGAUCAGGCGACCUCAGCUUUAUUAUCUGAUUGUUUAAAAAAAACAAACAUCUGGUUCAAAUAUCCUGCCCAGAGCUUUAACAUUCAGUGGAGUGAGAGGACUGUAUAAGACCGAUGGAUGACUGGUUUCAGCACCUUUUUUUUUGUUUUUUUGUUCGGACAACCAGACCUGCAAAAUGAUCUUGAGACUGAGGGGGAUUUAUGCUCUCAUCAUCAGGAUUCAGAGAGUUCUGAUCAACAUAACCUAAAGAACCAGAAGGUGUCACUUCACCAGAAACAGAAAUAUAUCAGUCUGCAUUGAUAUAUACAAUAAACAAAUAAAAAAUAGUCUGAAAAAUCAAAAGUUCAACCGUCUGCUCCAGAACUUGGCUGUUCAGGUCUGGUUCCAUCACUUCUUGAGGUUCAAACAGGAUGGACACCUGGCCUGGUAACAAGCUGAAAUGUUCUGUUUGGAUGAUUCCAGCAGCUUCAGGUCAGGAAUAUGCUGUCAGACACAUUGGAUCAGAACCCUCUGGAGAUUUGGAUCCCAGCUCAGACAUACCUGUGUAAAUACUGUAAAUUUUCUGAUCCUGUCAGUGAAUAUACCGAAGCCGUGUUCUGAUUGUCGUGAUUAUUCAGCUGCGAGCUGAGCCACAAACUGGACUGAAGCGGACCGACAGGGUUUUAUCCCUGUUUAGAAAGUUUAUCAGUCAGACAGAGGACAAAGUUCUGUGUGGCUGACCCUGUAGCUGCUGCUCAUAAUGUUUUCUUUUCAGGUGUCCCUGAACAGAACCAAGUCAGUCUUACUGACCACUGUAGUUCUACUUUAGCUGAGGCAGAACCUGUGACAGUUGCUCCCCAGGUACUGCUGGAUCUUCUGCUCACUGCAGAACUGGGAACUGAAGCCAGACUCCUCUGGUCCAUCUCAGCUGUUAAGGUUCCUGCCCUCUGCCUCCCAAUUCUAGCUGCAAACGUUCCUUUAAAGAACCACCCUACCAGCAGCAGCCUGCAUUCGGGAUCUUCGCCCGCUCCUGGAUUCUGCAAUGUCCUGUCCCCCCCCUGCUGGACUCUGGUCUUCUGGUGUUAUUCUGAUGUUCAACUGUAAAUAAACAACGUAAACAGAA